GCGGGAGGGACAACGGUAGAUUGGACUUGACAGACGGGAGUCUGAGCCAAUGAAAAAGGCAAGCUGUGCAUACGCCUGUCGAUGGUAAACGCUAGAGGAAGUGACGUCAGCGGAAGUACUCGGCUGAUUGUGGAAGCUAGAUUAAAAACCCAGACUAACCAGUUCUCCGGUGUUUGUGAGAAGAGAGGGAGGCCAAGAUGUCGGAGCGAAAAGUUUUAAACAAAUACUACCCACCAGACUUUGACCCCUCGAAGAUCCCCAAGCUCAAGCUCCCCAAAGACCGGCAGUACGUUGUACGGCUGAUGGCCCCCUUCAACAUGAGGUGUAAGACGUGUGGCGAGUACAUCUACAAGGGCAAGAAGUUCAACGCGCGCAAAGAGACGGUGCAGAACGAGGUCUACCUGGGCCUGCCCAUCUUCCGCUUCUACAUCAAGUGCACACGCUGCCUGGCAGAGAUCACCUUCAAGACAGACCCCGAAAACACAGACUACACAAUGGAGCACGGAGCCACGCGGAACUUCCAGGCCGAGAAGCUCCUGGAGGAGGAGGAGAAGAGGGUGCAGAAGGAACGGGAGGACGAGGAGCUGAACAAUCCCAUGAAGGUGCUGGAGAACCGUACCAAGGACUCCAAGCUGGAGAUGGAGGUCCUGGAGAACCUGCAGGAGCUCAAGGACCUGAACCAGCGGCAGGCCCACGUAGACUUCGAGGCCAUGCUGCGGCAGCACCGCCUGUCCGAGGAGGAGCGGCAGCAGCAGGAGCAGGAGGAAGACGAGAGGGAGACAGUGGCCUUGGUGGAGGAAGCCAGGAAACGACGCCUGCUCGAGGACUCCGACUCGGAGGACGAUGCUGCCCCCGCCCCGCCUCGGCCAGCCACCCGGCCCAAGCCCACCGCCAUCCUGGACGAGGCCCCAAAAGCGAAGAGGAAGGGGGAGAGCUGGGAGCGGAGCAUCGGCACCCUCGGCAGCAGGUCCCAGCUGUCAGGCCUGGUGGUGGUGAGGAAGACAGACCUGGACCGUGGCACCCAGCACAGCCAGCAGGUGCUCACCCCUGGCGCCCCACACAACCAGAAGCCGGCUGACCCUGCACCCCAGACGCCUGGCGCCUCCUCCCUGAGCCAGCUGGGCGCGUACUCAGAUAGCGAGGACAGCAGCGGCAGCAGCUGAGCCCCGCCCAGACCCUUCCCAGGUCUCAGGAUGGCUUGGC